UAGAUGACAAGUUAAUGCUUUAGAUAUAGUUUUUAACUAAUCGAUCAUUAAAGACGAAGAUCUACUAUUUAGAGUCUGCUUGCAUUUGAAAUAGUGUGUGCUUCUCUUUCCCCAAAGAAGACUGGGUACAAUCUGCUAUUAAUAUACUGCAAUCUGUUUUUUGGGACUGUUUAAACUAUACAACUAUAUACUAAACAGUAGACAUUAUUCUCUAAUCAAGGACUCGACGUCUAGCAAGUGUUUAACUGUUCUCUCAGAAAUGUGACUCCGAGUAAUGCACAUAAUCCUAUUCUCAAGACAAGCUUCUUCUGAAAGUUACUCUGUAUGUGCUUAAAUUGGAAAGUUUGCUAUCUGUUGUAGUACUCCUCGCACGUGUGCUUAGUUAAACUAAAUAGAUGCUUGUGAUUAUUCUGUUUUCAUUGACAAAUUUAGGGGAUAAUCUGUAGAGAAGUAUGAAUACAAAAAUAUAUACUCUAGGAGAGUAGGAGUGUUGUAGGACUACUAAAAUUGAGACAUUUUGAAGCUUAACCAAGUUCUCUUUCUAACUAUUCAGGAAUUAAUGCUCAAAUUAUGUAGGGCUUACUAUGGGUACAAGGCUUUUUUUAGUGAGCUUUCUCUCUUUAAACCACCAAGACAAAAGUAAAUGUUCGGAAGAGAACUUAGUUGGAGAUAAAAUUUGAUAAAAACAAGUAAUGCCUUUUCAUUAGUACUGGUUGAUGCCUUGAGGUUUAUUUUGUUCUUAACAUUCAGGAAACUACCUGGUUCUAAUACUUUUCUCGCGAAUGACCACUUUUGAGCACCUAAAUUGACCAUAUUGCUUUGCUUUAGUCCUUACAUAUAUGCAAUGACAAAAUAAUCAAUCAGUUUGGCUUAACGUGGUAAAUGUAAGAAAAACUACAAUAAAAGAAUGAUAUCACGGCGAAGCUGAUGACUUGAACAUGUGCAACUUGUACUCAAAAGAUACUGCUGAGGCAUUUCAUCCCAAAAUAAGUGGCUGGAAAUCGAAAAUUUCAAAUGUGGAGUCUGAGAAAAACCCAAACCACUGUUUUGCAGUUCUUUGAGCAUGGAAUGAGUAUUCAAAGAAGAGAACUUGCCGUCAAGCUUGAUGGUCAUGUGCUGACCCUUAGCUUGCAAAUGUAUGGUUGCCGUGUUAUCCAAAAGAUAUAUUUUGGAGCGAAACGAGUUGGAAUUUUACAUGAAGAAAAUCCAGAAGAAGGGGAAUGUUGCUGUAGAAUCAGAUUAGGGAUUUGAUGUCGUGAUGUUUAUGUCACCUCUAGUUAAACUCCGGCUCCCAGUUUUUACCAAUGCAUCAUUAAUGUUGUAGUUAAACUAUGUUUUGUUCAAUGUUUGUGCUAAAAAAAUUA